UGCAAACCCUGGACAAGAAUUUGAAUGUGGAACAUCUGCACAAACAGGGAACAGCCGGCAGGAUGAAUGAGAAUAUCUCGAAGAAUUCCAGUGAGGAGCAGGCGGCUUGGUUGGAGACCAGUUUAGAUUUAGCCUUGACGCUGCAGCAAACUCCACUCAAUCCCUGGGACAUUGUGCUGUGUGUUUCUGGGACAGUCAUCGCCUGUGAGAAUGCCAUCGUGGUGGCUAUCAUCUUUUACACGCCUGCCCUGAGGACCCCGAUGUUUUUGCUGGUGGGAAGUCUCGCAGGUGCUGACCUGCUAACCGGCCUCGGGCUGAUCAUUCACUUUGUGUUCCUUUACUGCCUGCGCUCUGAUCUGGUCAGUCUGGUCACCGUCGGGAUCUUAGUCGGAUCGUUCACCGCUUCAGUGAGCAGCCUGCUAGCUAUCACUAUAGACCGCUACCUGUCUCUGUACAACGCCCUGACCUAUUACUCAGAGCGGACAGUAACCCGCACCUACAUCAUGUUGUUGCUGACAUGGAGCCUAUCCCUGAGCCUGGGGCUCCUGCCCGUCCUGGGCUGGAACUGCCUGUCGGAGCCCUCCUCCUGCAGCAUCGUCAGACCCCUGACCAAGAACAACCUGAUCAUCCUUUCCGUCUCCUUCUUCAUGGUGUUCGGGAUGAUGCUGCAGCUUUACAUGCAGGUCUGUAAGAUCGUGUGCCGCCACGCUCACCAGAUCGCCGUGCAGAGACACUUACUGUCCAGCUCUCACUACGUGACCACCCGCAAAGGCAUCUCCACCCUGGCCCUCAUCCUCGGCGCCUUUGCCAUCUGCUGGCUACCGUUCGCCAUCUACUGCCUGAUAGCUGACUCCACCUACCCUGCAGUGUACACCUACAUGACCAUCCUACCUGCCAUCUACAACUCCCUCAUCAACCCUGUCAUCUAUGCUUACAGGAACCAGGACAUCCAAAAGGUACUCUGGGCUGUCUGCUGCACGUCCAACAAGUUGCCCUUUCGCUCCAGGUCCCCCAGUGAUGUCUAGCCCCUGGCUGCAAAAUCUGUUGGAUCUUACCGUGCCUGUCUUGUUUCUGACUUCUUGGUACCCAAUGAUGUGGAGGUGCCAGCGUUGGACUGGGGUGGAUAAGGUCAGAAGUCACAUGACACCAGGUUUAUAGUCCAACAGGUG